CAAAUUAGCGAUUCUGGAAGAUUAAAGGGCGCUCAAAAUACCACAUAAAAUGCCAAAGUACCUCUUUCUUAUUGAGCCGUUUCUUUACGACUCCAAUGGAGUCUCCGUUUGCUAUAGAAAUCUUAUUCGAGCGAUGAUUAGAGAUUCCUCUCACAGCAUAAUGAUAAUUUCACCCGAUGGCUAUCGAGACGAUUUUGGAGAAAACGGUGAAUUGGAAAGUCUCAGAAUCCAAAGUUUUGGUCUUCCUCUCAUCUUCUUUACCUAUCCUUCCUUGAAAUUUAUCAUGCUUUCCUAUCCAAUCGUUCGAAAGGUGCUCCACUUUCAACCUGAUUUCAUUCACUGUGUUCAACCGGGCUUCUGUUCCUUUUGGGCCCUACUUCUCAAGCAGGCCUGUAGAUUGUUUGGAACGAAAAAUCCGCUCAUUACCGGAGCCGUUCAUACGGAUACCGAACGCAUGAUCAGCUGCUAUAACCUGCAACUUGUUCGAUAUCCUUUUCUUUGCUAUCUGAAAAUAGAAAGAAGCAUAUGCGAUGGACUACUGACAGUUGACCACAGGAAAGAUCCAAACAAGUUUGUUCUUUGGAAAUUGGGAGUCGAUGACACGCUAUUCUAUCCUAAACAACAAUAUGAAAUGAACAGUCUUCAUGGAACAGUUAUUGUUGUGGCGCGCUUAGCUCCUGAAAAAAACUUUAACCUGGUUAUCGAAUUGGCUCAAAUCCUUCCUGAAGUCACUUUCCAAGUUUUUGGAGAUGGACCUCUUCGAAAAACUUUACAAAGGAAAGCUCCUCAUAACUUUCUUUUACAAGGGUCCGUUUCUCAAAAAAAGCUCGCUCAGGCUUAUCGGGCUUCCGAUGUCUCCCUAGUACCUGGAACGGGAGAGUGCCAUCCGCUUUCUCUUUUAGAAAGUCUAGCCUGCGGAACCCCGGUAGUAGUGGCUAACGAAGGCGGAACGGAGGCUUUGAUCCCGCCUUUUCCGUAGCGGACAAAAUUCAAAAAAUUCUUCAAAAUAAAUCCCUUCGUGAGAAA